AUGAGACCAUACCAGGCUGCCUGCAUCGUAGUCGCCACUCUGCUGCUCUUCGCACCUGCAACCAUUGAAGCGAAGCGACGCAAGCACAAAGGCGAUGAUUCACAUAGAGCCAAGACCAAGACAAAGUGGUCCAGUUCAACGGAACUUGGCGGCAAUAGCGGUCAAGUGUCCACCGAGGAGCAUGGUUACUAUGUGAAACGCACCUAUACUCCACUGUCGGGUAGCGAUGGCAAACGCCAGAGCCCUCCCUUUCUGGCCAUACCGAUUGCCUGGUUUGGCUGUGAGCCAGGCCAAAGGGGCUGCCAACAAGUCAGCAAUUCAGGUGCCAUCAACAGCAUUGCCCAUGCACUGAGCGAGGGCUACCUAUGCGACGACGAUUGUGUGGAGGGCUAUGAGCCCAUCUGCGGCCAGACACCCAGCGAGGUGGCUGUCUUCUACAACAAAUGCAAGCUGAAUGUGGCCAAGUGUCGCACGCAUGGCCUGUGGACAGAUCUGCCCUAUGAGCAGUGCCAGCAAACCUAUCCCAAGGAAACUUGUUAUACCGACAAGAAGUUCAAGUCGUCGCCCUUCUUCCGCGAUAAUUCUACGCCAACAACUGCUGAUGCGGUUAAGUCCGACAAGGCAGACAGCAACAGCAAUGAGAGCAGCGAGGAGCAAAAGGAUCAGGAUAAGUCCAAGAAAAAGAACAAAACAGCACGUGUGGAGCCCCUUGUGCUGCCCGUUAAGGAACAAUCUUUGGAAACUGUAGUACCAGUACCAGUGCCACAGGCAGCGGCUGUACCCAUCGAGAACAUUGCUGUGCCCCCAUUGCCAGUAAAGACAGUUGAAUCUCCUCACUCCCAGCCAGCUGAGCCACAAUCUGUUCUGGUCAAGGCGGAGAAAACUGCCGAGUCCUUGGAAACGCCCAAGGAGCAGGACAAAUCUAUUUCUGAUAAGGAUAAACUUAAGUAUGUUGUAUCUUGA